CUGGCAGCUGUCUCUCUGGAAGGGCAAGCGCAAUUGUAACAGUUAAUUAAAUAUAUAUAUAAAUAAGACUUGGAAUCUGCGUGUUGUUGUUGUGGCCCGCUGGUGUUUCCAUUGCCAGACAAUGUCACGCCUCAUUGCCGGCGCCCGCGGCCUAUUCAGACGCCAUCCCUUUGUGACCAACAGCGCCAUCUAUGGCAGCCUCUAUGUGGGUGCGGAGUUCACACAGCAAUAUGUCUCCAAGCGCUGGCUGGCGCGGCCGGAGGAGCGUGAGGAUAUCGAUUAUGCAACUGUAGGACGCUAUGCGAUAAUGGGCACCGCCAUCUAUGCCCCAUCACUUUACGCUUGGUACAAAUGGCUGGAUGGCACUUUUCCUGGCACAUUGAAGACAACGAUUUUAAAAAAAUUGCUGCUGGAUCAGUUUAUAUUGACACCAUAUUGCUUGACAUUAUUUUAUACAGGCAUGGCUCUUAUGGAGGGCUCUGAGGAUACUUUUGAGGAGCUGCGCGCAAAAUUCCUGCCGACUUUUAUACGAUCGUGUGCCUUUUGGUUGCCCGCACAGGCUCUGAAUUUUAUGUUUGUAGCGCCUAGAUUUCGCAUUAUCUAUAUGGGAGUAUGUGGCAUGAUUUGGGUAAACAUUUUGUGCUGGAUAAAGCGACAGAGUCUGAGCACAGAGACAGCAACAACCACAACAAUCACACAGCAGCAACAACAACAACAGUAGGCGAGUGCAAUGUCAAGGCGUGAUUGGAUUAGCUGGUAGCUUAACACAUACAAUACAUAUAGAGGUACAUUUUGAUAUAUAUGUAUAUAUAUAUAUAUAUGUAUGUGUAUUUGAUAUAGUGCAAAGUAGCUUUGCCAAAUAAAUACAUUCCAAAU